ACGAGCCAAAAGUAUAACACAGCAACCAUAAUGUUUGAAUAAUACAUUUAAAAAAUGUUCAUUUGUUAAGACCAGGUGUUUUGUUCUUUUUUUUUUUAGGCAAAAUGAUUUCUUUGAUAGUAAAUAAUUGAAAAUAGUUUUGCUUUCAAAUAGAAAAUUUUGAAAGAUCAAUCUACAACUGGAAAACUAUGAAGACACCAGCGUUUGCAAUUCUGGCCAUUGUGAUAACAUUAGUGUCUGCUGGACAGUAUAAAGGCAUUCCAGAAAACAAUGAUAAAGUAGAUAAUGAUAUGUCAUUCAUAAAAGGUAAUUUUAAUUGGCAGAAACAUGUUCGAAGUCUCACAAAUUCAUCAGUACAUUCACUAAGCAAACGGAGUGUCAAAAACAAAGCAAAACAUCAAAAGUUGCAGCUUGCUAAAGAUUUGUUUCAUCGGGUCAAGAGGUCUCUAGAGGAAAUAAAUUACAAACCACUAAGAGAAUAUAGUAAUUCUAGAGAUGUUCAAAUGAGGCAAGCUAGAAAUGUUAAUCCAGAAUACAUUCAAAAUCACCAAGAUGUUUACACCGUUCCUUUUCGUCAUCACCAUCCUCGUGGUAAAUAUCAUCUCAAGUCACGGGUAAGAAGAGAGAAGUUGUUGAAUUGGUUGAAAAUGAUAGAAAUGAGAGAACGGUUAAAAAGGAAUAUUUUAUCGUUUGACAGCAAAAGUCAGUCUGACGGACAUACAACCCCAUGCUACACACCAAAAACAAAGUGCCCAACCACAAAGGCCGCAAAGUGUAUCACAACUACAACGUGCAAAACAACUACCACAAAAUGCCCCAAAUCCACCACUCCAAAGCCAUGCAUAAGCACUAAGAAAUGUAUUGUCGCCGAGUCUGAUACAAUAGAUAGUAUAUCUAAUUUUAAAAGGCAGAGUCCUUUUACAUUUCACCAGAAGAAAAAACGGGCUUUCAGAAAACCCUACUCAUUUAUGAGAAGUAGGCUCAAUAAAGAAAUGCUGGAAAGUUUGUUGGAAAGAAUGUAAAAAAAUAAAUUAAAAGGCACUUUUUAAAAGCCAAGCAAA